AUGGAAUUGGUCAUAUUUUUAUUUGUGAUUUCUUCACUGGAAACGUAUGUACAAACACUUCCUAUCAAUAAUGGGUUGAGUGUGAAGUUCAAGCCUAUUUCUGCAAAAGAAGACAUCCAACCGAAAACAUUUGGAGCAUUGUUCGCUAAAAUACCACAAGAUUAUACACCAGAAGCGACAUUUCGCCGAGAAAUUCUUCAGGCAUUUUUGUCCCAACCUCCCGAGCUUGGAAAAGGAUGUACGAACCAAAUAGCAAAAAUUACAUCUUGCAAGGUUUGCAACGAAAACGAAACAUACACAGACGAGGAUAAAAUUCAUUAUAUUAAUUUACCUAUCGUAACGCAACCAUUUGAAGAUUACAAAAUUUUAGUGGCAACCUCUCCACCUGCCAUGAAAAUGAGCUACAAUAAGCCUUCGGUGAUCUACAUUGUUUUUCCUGAUGAUAGUGCUGAAAAUAUUAGUGCUCUGGCAAUACCCAAAAUAUAUUUUGUUAAUACAGUUGACGGGAAAUUGAAUAUUGAUGAAAAUGAAAAAGUUGAACCGAUUCUAAUUAUCGAUAGCAAUCGUACAGUGACGGGCAUAAAGAGUCGUGAAAUUUCCAGAUUUGUCAGAUUCCGUAAUAAACUUAGUGUAUUUUAA